CAACACCUCGGGAACGAAGACCGUUUCAGGUUUUUUCCUCCACGCUGGGUGCAAUGGCGGAAGCUCCCGGAGGAAGCGGGACUGUGUUUGGGACCAGGUCAUCCACAGCCCCCGCCCUUGCAAGCUUGCUGUGGCACCUGAAGCGCUAUGCGCGGUUCCUACCCUCAGAAACGCGGGUUGAGAGAGACACCGGAGCCGAGCACAAGUCUUCGUGGAAGGUUUUUGAAUCUGGGGCUGAAGGACAACUGACCUUAACCAUAAUCCAGUCAGGGCAUUUCCUUAUAUCGCAAGGACAAGGGCUGCUGGAAGGGUUUUCACUGAUUGAUGCUCCCAGCUUUCUGAAGGUGGUGCGAAAGGCAGACCUUCUGCUCUUCAGUUUGAAGAUUAAGAAUGAGAGCCGCAUGUUCCGGAUGCAGUUCGGGGGGGGCUCCAGGGAGCAGGCAGUGGAGCAUUGUGGGAGCGCCGUGCUCACUCUGCAGCAGUAUGUAACAGUGAAGAGCCAGGACACGGGGCAACCAACGCAGGGGACAGAUUUAGCCGGGGGAGCUGGGUCAACAUCAGAAGUCAGAGAUUCAGAGGGCAGAUUACCAAUCAAAUGUCUUGCACAGUCCUUGCUGGGAGAGUCGAAGCUCUCCCUGCCGCUGGCCUAUCGGCACUUCACUCUCCCGAGCGAGGAGCUGGGCCCGUUCCUCCGGCUGUGCCUCCUGGAUCAGAGCUUUCCAGCCUUUGUGGAGCAGGUGGAGAAGGAGCUCCACAAGAUAGCAAACGAGUGAGGGGCCUGGAGCAGACUCCUUCUGCAGAAAAUCAUCCCACCUCACUAAAUGUAUUGCUAUGUAUUUGACAACCUCAGCAAACCUGAAGUCUAUGCACAACACUUACAUUGGUCCAGCUGGUUCAUCGUCUGCAGAACAGAAGGAAUCCGGCGAGGGGCACAGAGAGAAGAGAAGUGAGUUAGACAUCGCUGCAGGA